AAUGCAGUAUACACUCUCGCAAGAAACUAUAGCUUACCUGAAACAACCAACGUUUGACAUAUGGCAUUGGGAACCGAAUGAGAUGUUAAGUCUUCUCGAGCAUAUGUAUCAUGAAUUGAAUCUUGUUCAAGAGUUUAACAUUAAUCCUAUAACGUUAAAGAGAUGGCUGCUCUGCAUACAAGAAAACUAUAGAAAUAAUCCUUUUCACAACUUUCGCCAUUGCUUUUGCGUAACCCAAAUGAUGUAUGGAAUGAUAAACUUAUGUAAACUUUGGGAAAAGAUGAGCAGAGAAGAUUUAGGAAUUUUAUUAACAGCCUGCAUAUGUCACGAUCUCGAUCAUCCUGGUUACAAUAAUACUUAUCAAAUAAAUGCCAGGACUGAAUUAGCUAUACGUUACAACGAUAUUUCGCCGUUGGAAAAUCAUCAUUGCGCAAUAGCAUUUCAAAUCUUAUCGAAUCCAGAAACGAAUAUAUUCUCAAAUGUAGACGCUCCGACUUUUAAAAGGAUAAGAUCGGGCGUGAUUAUGCUGAUUUUAGCAACUGACAUGGCACGUCAUAACGAAAUUCUGGAAGCUUUUAAAAGUAAAAUCGGUAAAUUCGAUUUUUCCAAGGAGGAUCACGUCAACUCGCUUAAAAUGGUGCUGAUAAAAUGCUGCGACAUCAGUAACGAAGUAAGACCUUUUGAAGUUAGCGAGCCAUGGGUUGAUUGUCUUCUCGAGGAAUAUUUCAAUCAAUCGGAUAAAGAGAAAGAACAAGGCCUACCAGUUGCUCCAUUUAUGGAUAGAGAGAAAGUUACGAAGCCAACUGCUCAAAUUGGAUUUAUAAAAUUUGUUCUUAUUCCCAUGUUUGAAACAGUGGCAAAACUUUUUACUGAACUUGAAGAUGUCAUGGUAAAACCAUUGACGGGAGCCAGGGAUCGCUAUGAAAAGAUGAAAGAAGAAGUUAGUUCAUCAGAUACAAAAUGA